AUGGCGCCUUUCACUGCUCGAGGUGGACGUGGCGGCGGUGGUCGCGGAGGAGGUGCUCCUCGCGGCGGUCGUGGAGGCUUCGGCGGUGGCCGUGGCUCUGCUAACGGUGUUCGAGGACGAGGUGGUGCUCGAGGUGGCCCUGGCGGUCGCGGCGGCCGAGGAGGCCCUCCCCGUGGAGGACGAGGUGGCCGCGGUGGUGCUCGCGGCGGUCCCGGUGGCAUGGGGGGCGGUGCCAAGGUUGUCGUUGAGCCUCACCGUCACCCCGGUGUCUUCGUCGUCCGUGGCGGCAAGGAGGACGGCAUUGCCACCCGCAACCUGACCCCUGGCGAGUCCGUCUACGGCGAGAAGCGCAUCAGCGUUGACGAGACCGUCGACAACGGCGACGGCACAACCACCACCACCAAGGUCGAGUACCGACUUUGGAACCCCUUCCGAAGCAAGCUUUGCGCUGCCAUUGCCGGUGGUGCGGACGACAUCUACGUUCGCCCUGGCUCUCGUGUUCUGUACCUUGGUGCCGCCUCUGGUACCUCCGUCUCUCACGUCGCCGACCUGGUUGGCCCUACCGGCUUCGUCUACGCCGUUGAGUUCUCCAACCGCUCUGGCCGUGAUCUCAUUGCCAUGGCUGCCAAGCGCCCCAACGUCGUCCCCAUUGUCGAGGAUGCCCGUCAGCCCGUCCGCUACCGCAUGGUCGUCCCCAUGGUCGACGUCAUCUUCGCCGACGUUGCCCAGCCUGAUCAAGCCCGUAUCGUCGCUAUGAACGCCAACUGGUUCCUCAAGCAGGGCGGUGGUGUCUUGAUCUCCAUCAAGGCCAACUGUAUCGACAGUACAGCCCCCGCUGCCGAGGUCUUUGCCAGUGAAGUCCAGAAGAUGCGUGCCGAGUCUAUCAAGCCUAAAUUCCAGCUCACCCUAGAACCCUUCGAGCGUGACCACUGCCUCGUCGCUGGUCUGUACAUGCGCAAUGAGUAA